GAGAGAGCAGUGAACGGUGCUGCCAUCCAUUACACUGUGUGAUGUUAUCCCCACAAACUAAGGACUGUUAAUAUAUCCGCUCUCACGCUUAAAAUCAACCUACCAUGGCUCCGUGUCUGGCCAGAUCUGCUCCAAGCGACCUCAACCAUUGGUGGAACCAGCUGAGGUUCCGCCUGCAGAACAAGAAAGGAUGGACUGAAAUGCUGGAUGAAACAUUUCUACUCUGUACUAAACAGACGAAUAACAUUCCUCUCUUUUUUGCUGCUAAAAAGAACAGCGCUGGUUGCGUCAAGAAACUGUUGGGAUGUGCCUCCACCAACAUCUUUGAGAGAGGUGCUCUGGGGGAGACGGCAUUGCACAUCGCCGUCAUGAACGACAACGUGGACGCAGCCGUGGCGCUCAUGGACGGGGCCCCGGAACUCAUCAACGAACCCAUGACCUCUGAACUUAUGCAAGGUGUCACUCCGCUCCACAUCGCGGUGGUGAACCAGAACAUCACCCUGGUGGGUCAGCUGAUCGCACGCGGAGGGGACGCGGCCACGCCCAGAGUUACUGGCCUCUACUUCAAGAAAAGGCCAGGAGGGCUGGUGUACUACGGUGAGCACAUCCUGUCCUUUGCUGCGUGCAUGGGGAACGAAUGCAUCAUGACCAUGUUGAUGGACGCCGGGGCCAGCACAAGGGUCCAGGACUCCCGUGGGAACACAGUGCUCCACAUCUUAGUUAUGCAGCCUAACAAGACCAUCGCGUGCCAGGCCAUGGACCUGAUCCUGUCGCGCGACGUGGAGCUGGACCACUCGCUGCCCCUGGACAUGGUGCCCAACUACAAGGAGCUCACCCCCUUCAAACUGGCUGCCAAGGAGGGCAACGUUGUGGCCUUCCAGCACUUGGUGAACAAGAGGCGUGUGCUGCAGUGGAGCCUGGGCCCGCUGACCUCUAACCUCUACGACCUGUCAGAGAUCGACUCCUGGGCCGACGACCUGUCGGUGCUGGAGCUCAUCGUGGGAAGCCCCCAGAGAGAGGCUAGGAGGAUUCUUGAAGUGACUCCUGUUAGACAGCUUGUGAGUCUGAAGUGGAACCUUUAUGGAAAGCACUACUUCAGGCUCCUGCUGGUGCUAUAUCUGCUGUACAUCGGGACGUUCACACUAUGUUGUGUAUUCCGCCCACUAAAGGACACUCCGGAGAACUACACAACCUCCGAAAUUGACAAAACUAUACGAGUGCAGAAAACACUGAGCGAGAGUUACGUGACCUACGAAGACAGCCUGCGGCUGGCCGGAGAGAUCCUCAGUGUCCUGGGAGCAAUCCUCAUCCUUCUGCUAGAGAUUCCAGAUAUACUGAGAGUCGGAGCGAAACGCUACUUUGGUCAGACGGCUCUAGGAGGGCCCUUCCACAUCAUCCUGAUCAGCUACGCGUGCCUGGUGGUGCUGCUGUGCGUCGUGCGGGCCAGCGAGCUGGGCGGGGAGGACGUGCUCAUGGCGCUGUGUCUGGUGCUGGGCUGGAGCAACGUCAUGUUCUUCGCCCGGGGCUUCGAGAUGUUGGGGCCCUACGUCAUCAUGAUUCAGAAGAUAAUAUUUGGAGACCUGACCAAAUUCAUGUGGCUCAGUUUCAUUGUCCUCAUCGGGUUUUCCACAUCCCUGUGGAUGGUGUACAUGACCCAGGACCCGGAGUCCAUCCCCGCGUACCGCUCCUUCCCCAUCACGCUGUUCUCCCAGUUUGAGCUGAGUGUGGGCCUCAUCGACCUGCCGGUGGACCACACCUUCUACACGCCACCCAUCGUCCACGUGCUGCACUGCACCUUCUCCGUGGUGUCCUACAUCCUGCUGCUCAACCUGCUCAUCGCCAUGAUGAGCGACACCCACUGGCGUGUGGCACAGGAGAGGGACGAGCUCUGGAGGACGCAGGUGGUGGCCACCACUCUGAUGCUGGAGAGAAGGCUUCCCCGGUGCCUGUGGCCGCGGCUGGGCGUGUGUGGUCUGAACUACGGCCUGAAGCAGAUGUGGUACCUGAGGGUGGAGGACAGGAACGACCUGAUGGUGCAGAAGAUGCGGCGCUACAUCAACGCCUUCGCCAAGGACGGCGAGGGUGGUGCCGCCGAGAGAGAGGAGGGGGAGAAAGGCGGCGAGAAUGGCGGCGGCCCGGAGCUCAGGAGCAACAAGCAGAGGAGGGGCUUCAACAAGGUCCACGCGGGCUGGCAGGCCAUCCGCCGCAGCGCUCUGAGCAUGGACCUGGAGCCCGAGUACGAGGAGGAGGAGCAGGAGGUGCAGGACAUCCGAUUCGUCUAGAACAGGGGGGCCCACACUUUAUCGGCAUGCAAGCUACUUUAAAAAUGAGCAGGUCAAAAUGAUCUACCUACAUGGCAAAAUGCUAGACACAGCGGCUGCUGGUAGCUAGUUUCAAGCAGGCUUCCAAAAGACAAUCAGUCAUGGUGGAACGGUGUUUGCACUUAAUAAUCUUUAUGUGGCAAAAGGACAAGCAUAAAUAAGUAGAGUCAAAUAAUGCGGUCAAGGAGGUAGCACAUUUCCUCAUGUUUGGAUACUUUUCCUUUGGACAAAAUUGUCCAUGAGCCCUGGAUUUAAGCUCCAUAUCAGUUUGUACUAUCAACAUCUUCCCUAAAUGGAUAGCACAGUCUUGAGAGUCUUGAAAAAAUUGGGCAAAGUCCAACAGACAAUUUUCAUCAAUCCAGUGGUAAAUGCCAUAGGGAUGCAAUUCUUUUUUGUUUAAAUGUUAAUAUAAUUUUUUUUUUUACCCCACGCGAUCUACCCGCCCUACCUUUGUGAUCGACCGGUCGAUCGCAAUCUACAUAUUUGCCACCCCUGGUCUAGAAGUAGAAGUAGCUUGUUCUCAGAAAGACUCGUGGCCUGCGAAAACCCUCUGGCUGUCCUUCCCCCUGGUCCAUCGCUACAUUAGAGCACUCAAAGAAGACGUCUAUUUUAAUUUUUUAUGUCUGUACACAUAGCCAUCGGUGCAGUUUAAGCAGUAUUAGGCCAUAGAACUGAAUAUAUGUAUUAUUUUUAUAGAAGAAAGAGAUAUGCUGUGCUGUGUUGUGUGUGGACCGUUGUAUGAUGAGAUGAAUUAAGUUGUAUCUGAUUGCGUCUGGUCACAGCCAAACCGGACGUGGAAGUGACUAUUGCACUCGUUUUUUUUGUGUGUUUGUUAUUGUGAGUGUAUUUUUGGUUUCUCUGGGUGUUUGUUUUAUAGUGUUCAUGUUUUGUUUUGUAUAUUUGACCUUUUUUUUUAGUUUGUUUUUUGUUGUUAAUAUAUAAUAUGUAUAAAUGUACAAUGACAAUAUAACCAUCCUUAAAUGUAAAGAUGUCUUUAUUUCCAAAAUAUGCACAGGAUACAUCCAAAGCAAAUAUGCCAAAAAGUUGACUACCUGUUGAAUACAAUUAAUAGUUGAAUAAUACUAAAUUCAGCAGACGCUUAAGGUGUAAAAUCAGAAUA